AGCGGAGUAAACUCAGACAGUGAGGACAAACCGACCGCAGAAUUACAACCAUGAAGGCUGUGAAUGCAGUGCAACUGUUCUCUCUGUUUUGGACCUUUACUGCUCUCUGUCAAGCUGAUGAAGAUAUCAGUGUAAGCUGUAAGAAUGUGACUGGAUCUGUGGGGAAGGAAGGAAAUCUCCACUGCAGUGUCUCAGUGAAUUGCUCUAAUUGUUCCAUUGAAAUGUAUAAGUUUCUAUACCCAAAUGAAUCAGCCAUCUGUAAAGAGCCUCUUAAAGACUCCUGUAAACAGAGUAAAAUCUUCACAUGCCGCUACACUCCAACAACAGCAAUGACAGAACAGUUCAGCUUCUUUGUGCAAACAACCUGUGGAACAAAAAAAACAAAAUUCACUGUGGACAUAACAGAGUCAUCUCCAGUCAUAGGUGCAACUAAUGUUCCUGGAUCUAUGAUUGAGGAAUCUAAGAAUAAUGUCAUCACUCCAGUUGUGGGCAUAUCUGUCAUCCUCCUCAUCAUCAUCAUCUUAAUGGCAAUUAUUAUCAAAAAACAAUAUUUUGGGCUCCAGAAGAAGAUGUGCAUCAAACAUGGCAACAGUCAUUGUCUUGAACAAGUGAAAUACUCCUCACCGGGGCCUGACCAGUGUUCGAUAAAUAUUAUUGAUUCAGCAAAACCAAACUAAUGAGUUUUAUUUGACUUUUCAUGUAGUGCUCAUGAAACACACAAGCUUUAUUUGAACUCCACUAAACUACAUACUCCACUAUCUCUUGUAUCUCAAACUACUGAAUAUAUAACUCUGGUGGUUAAUUUAAAACCCAGUUUCUGUUUUAUACAAGUUUCUGUGAAAUAACAGUAUAUUAUUGAUCUGUGUGAUCAGUGUGUAUAUUUGUACAUGUGACUGUAAAGAGGAAACACAGCGAAACUCAGACUGUGUUUGGGUUUUGCUCUUUUUUUUCUGACUUUAAAGGAAUGUCUGAAAUGAAUGUCAGUCUGGUACAGUGAGUGUUAAUAUAACUUAAGUUUGGAAAUAAUUUUUUGUUUAAUAUUCUACACUUGAAGUGUGGCUUUGUACAGUGGUUCAUUUAUAUAAAAAUAAAAAAUGUAUUACACUUUGUAUUGUUGGUAUGUUCCAUGUAUUCCACCGAUAUAGUAACAGAACAAACAAUAAAACUGCUAGUAACA